AGUUACUUGCCCUUGACAUGUGUUUGUCAACAUGACGGAAAACCAAAUGUGCCCUUCUCAUGUAACCUCUACAGUGACCAGUAUUUUGUCUAAGGUGGGAUUCGAAGUUUACCCUUUUAAGAUUGGCUGGUACAAUGAACAAGUUCAGCAGGUGUUUGCCCUGCCCUACCCAGAGGACACCUUGGCGUUCAUCGUCAUCAGUACACCAGAGAUGUUUGAUAAAGCCUUCAAACCUUUCAUUCGCCGCCAGGCAUGCACAGGUGUCCGAGAUCCCAUAGACGAAUGUAUGAUGCAUCAGUUCAGCCUGAUUAAACAGGCAUUUCCUGAGGGUGAGGCUGAAACAAUUCAUGACUUUGAGCUGCACCCGAACCGCCGGCCAAAAGUCCUGGUACAGACUGCUGGCCAUGUUGCUGGGGCAGCAUACUACUACCAGGCAUCUGACGUCACAGGGAACCCUUGUGGGGACAAGAAAAUAUAUGGUGUCAGUGUACAUCCGAAAUAUGGAGGCUGGUUUGCAUUACGAGGAGUCAUAAUAUUCAGAAAUGUGCUUUAUUCAAACCUUGCCCAGAAGGAGCCCCCGGACGUUGUGUCAACGUCAUCAUUACGCCAAGAACUCCUCCACAGGUACAACCACAACUGGCAAGAUUGGUCAUUCAGGGACAUUGUGCCAGUUUCACUAAAGUACUCGGAGGAGCAGAUGUUAUACUUCAUAACCCCACCUAAAGACCGGAAAGAGCUCAUCAAGAAAAUUGUUGAAGAGGAUAAAGUCCACUAGAUUGUCAGUCAAGAGUAAUGUUUAUUGUGAGAAUUGUAUGCACUAUGUGAUAAAUGUCUAUAGUUUUGAGAAGAAAGACGUGUAUGAUUGCACGUUGUUUUCUGUCUACACUUUUAUUCAAUGCAGAAUUUUCCAGUGUCUACUUCUUGAACAUAUCAGCAGUUGUUAGCGGUCAUGUUGCAACAGAUCGGGUCAUUUAGUCGCCUUAUCUUUUUGUUAUCACAGUUUCAUUAUCACAAUGAACUCCACGUGGACAUUAGGAUUUCAGUUAGAACUGCCAUGGAUUAUGUUGGACCAGACGGUCAAGCUUGUUGACUUGGUUGAUAGUAUGUCACUGUUCCCAAACCGUGUCGGACAUUGGUCAUUUACCACAUGACUGGGUUAUUCACAGGCUGCAGGGAUAAAGUUGGAGAAUUAUGGACACCACCAUUAACAACAACGCAAGUUUCAGAGUAGUGUUUGUGUCCUCCAUCUUGAUGGUAAACAGGACUACACCACAGACAACUUGCCUGACUGAAACGGUCUUACUCUCACAGCCACAAGAAGAGGAUGUCCAUUUGGGAAUCUGCUCCCUCUCAUUUCUUCCUUUUGCUUCCUGCUUGAUCCAAAUCUCCAAAAGUGACCUACUUUAUGAGUAAUGAUAACAUUCUUAUUUGCUGCUAAAUGGAUAUGAAAUCUUCUGUUGAAUUUUAUAUGUAAUCCUUGUUAUUAUUUUGUUGUUAUAGAGCUAGUUCUCCACAUUGAAAACUUUGGAAUAUACUUGAAGCAUUUAUUUUAUGGUUUUACACAGUACCCAAUUCACAGUCUAUGUGUGGCCCAGUUGUUAUCCCCCAAACAAAUUAUGUUGCUGUGGUUAUAGAAAUGGCUCCAUCCAUCAUGUUUAGAGAGAUAGCAUGGCUACUAAACCGUUCGCUAUUUUCUAAGUAAACUUUGUAUACAUAUCAGUGCUGAACUGAACACGGCCGGACAGUUCCAUAGUGAUGUUCGUAGUGUAACUGUAAUAUUACUUUGUCAAACCAUUAAUGCUUAUCAGGCAGCUGUUGAACUUUUUGUCUUUGGCUUUUCAAACGUUUAUUUAUAUUUUUUUUUUCGGUACAUACAGGCAAGUACUAAUGAUCUGAAGAAGUGGACUUUAUUGUUGAAUGUCAUAAUGAUGUGUGGAUGGAGGUGAGAUCGGUCUCAGAUUAUUAUUUCUUUUUUCAGCUCUGAGGUGUAUUUUCAUUUGUUUUCAAGUGUUCAGAAUGCUGACUGUGAACUCUCUGUGCAGUCUUCUCUUGCCAUAAGAUAUUCCUUGUACAUCCCUGGUGCACUGCUGGUUUAGUUACUUGUUGAGUAAAUAAAGACAAAUGAAAGAUA